ACCUCCUCACUGUGAUCUUCCCACGCGUGUAGAUAUAAAGUCAUGAAACAGAAUGACACAUUUUUUAGCUGCAGCUUUCAGUAUCUGUCUCUGCUGUUAAUCAUGACACCAUCUACCUCAACAAGAAACACUUUUUUAAUGCUGUUUUAUCUGAUUUUACAAAUUCUACAUGUCAAGGUUAUUGGUUAUAACGGAUGUUUUCAGGAAUCCAGACAGAAAAUCCCAAGAUGUCAACGCUGUACUGAAGAGUGUUCAGAGAAUAAAAAUCAGAUGGAAGUUGCGCCAUGCACUCGGAAAAGCAAUAGAAUUUGCUUCUGUAAACCAGGUUUUUACUGUACAAAUGACAACAAUUAUGAAACACACUGCCAUAAACCAUGUGUUCCCUGCGGGAAGGGCACAUUCUCCAGCAAACCUUCUCUAGGAGCCUGCAAGCCUCAUACAAAUUGUACUCAGUUGGGGAUGAUAACGCUCAAAGAGGGCACAGCGACACAGGACAGAGAGUGUUUGAAUGUCACCACGGUGAUGCCUUCCUUGUCCACUACCACAAAAGUUAUUAAUAUUAUCACUAACACUUCCAUCCCCAGGACAGAGGGCACUGUACAACGCAGAGGCUCAUCAGAGGAAAGCCAGUCCUAUUGGCUGCUGCUAUUGAUCUUAAUGUUGAUUUUGUUCAUGGCUGGAUUCUGCAUGCUGAUGAAAAAUGGGGCAAAGAAAACAUUUUUAAAAUGGCUUGGUUCAAUAAAAGGAGGACAUAAAUAUCAUCAACCCUUGAAUCAAACUGCAAGGGACCAUCAAAUUUCGUCUAAUUACAAAUCCCAAACCUUGGAGACUGAGAUAUCCCUCAGCAGUGAUGGCAAAGAGAUCAAAGGCCCGAUGCCCCAAUCUGGGACUGUGCAGCAGGUCACAAUGGAGCAUAAUGGGAAGGGUGAGAACGUCAGCAAUACUGUUGGGUCGGGUCACGGGGGCAGCACUCUAAGCAGGGACACCCAGACACUUCCUCCAGCUCCUCCACUUCCUUCCAUCCAGACACUUUCUCCAGCUCUUCCGGGGGAACACUGAGGCCAGCCAAGAGACAUAGUCUUGCCAGCGUGUCUUAGGUCUUCCCCGGGGCCUCCUCCCGUUGGGAUAUGCCCUGAACACCCUGAACAAUGCCCUGGCGUCAGAGAGGCAUCUGGAACAGAUUGCCGAGCCACCUUAGCUGGCCUCUCUCGAUGUGAAGGAGCAGCAGGUCUACUCCGAGCUCCUCACCCUAUCUCUAAGGGAGCACCCAGCCACCCUACAGAGGAAACACAUUUCGGCUGCUUGUAUCCGGGAUCUUAUCCUUUUGGUUAUGACCCAAAACUCAUGACCAUAGGUGAGAGUAGAAAGAUCAACCAGUAAAUGGAGAGCUGAAUCCUGCUCCGGUUAUACAGGGACUGGACAGCCCUCAGCAAUGGGCCCCUUUUCCCAUAUUCCCAGAGCACCCUCCACAGGACACUGCGAGGAACCCGGUUGAAUGCCUUCUCCAAAGCACAUGUGGACUUGUUGGGCAGUACCUUGGCAUAGACUUUUCCGGGCAGGCUGAAAAGUGUGAUCCCCCUAUAGUUUGAGCACACCCUCCAGUCCCCCUUCUUAAAAAGAGGAACCACCACCCCGGUCUGCCAGUCCAGACAUACUGUUCCCUGUCUCCACAGCCCCACAACAUCCAGAGACCUGAGGUACUCAGGACAGAUCUCAUCCACCCCCAGUGCUUUGCCACCGAGGAGCUUCUUAACAACCUCGGUGACCCCAGCCAGGGUGAUGUUCGACAAUGGAGGUAGAGAAUAUUGUCCACUCGGACUCAAUGUCUCCAGCCUCCCUCGGGAUCCGGUCAAAGCUCUGCCAGAGGCGGGAAUUGAAGAUCUUCCUGACAGGGGUCUCUGCCAACGUUCCCAACAGACCCUCACGGUACGUUUGGGCCUGCCGGAUCUGUCCUGCUACUUCCCCUGCCAACGGAUCCAAAUCACCACCAGGUGGUGAUCAGUUGACAGCUCCGCCCCUCCCUUUACCCAGUGUCAAAGACAUGUGGCCGGAGAUCAGAUGACACAACCACAAAGUCGAUCAUCGACCUCCUCCCUAGGGUGUUCUAGUAUCAUGUGUAUUGGUGGACACCCUUAUGCUUGAACAUGGUGUUCGUUAUGGACAGGCCGUGACUAGCACAGAAGUCCAACAACAGAGCACCAACUCCUGUUGUCGGAGCACUGUCCAGCACCCCUCCCAUAGACUCAAAGAAGGCCGGGUACUGGGGGGUGGGGGGUGGGGGCUAGUGAUUGAAUGAACAACAUAGCUCCUAGGGUCACUCAGGCACUCAAACCCCUCCACCACGUUAAGAUGGCGAUCCCAGGAGAAGAUAUUCAGAUAUAAACCAGUUAUUUUAAUUGUGAUAAUAUUUCAGAAUGUUACUGUUUUCACUGUAUUAUUGGUCAAACAAAUGCAGCCUCGUUGAGCAUAAGAGAAUUCUUUAAAAAAAGAAAGCGUUUAAUAGGAGCCAAUUUUGAUUAUAAGCUGAAAAGCCUGUUCUUCAUUAUUUGCCUA